UAUCUACUUUUGUAGUAUUAUAUAUAAAAGUGGAAUUUAUUUACACACGUGGUAUCGAGUAACAAAGCUAUGCUAACACACGGUACAAGGGUGGUGAACGUUUUUCAAAGAGAAGGACAUGCUUAACAAACUAAAUCGCGGGUGGGGCAAGACCCCACUCCUUUAACUUACUUUUAUGUAAACAAUUGUUGUGUUUAUAAGUGGGGGUGGUCAACUCUACCUUCAAUAUAUUUUUAUUUAAACAUUUACUCCACUUGUAGUAUACUUUCAGCUUUCAAGACUUACUAUUUAUAUUUUUAAAACACUCUAGUUCUAUAUAACUUGAAAAAAAACCAAUUCAAGCUCAUAAAAAAUUUAAACAAAACAAUUAUAUGAUGAGUUUUGAAAGUAAUUAAAUUGAAAUGGUUUUUUGAGACAAUCAGUUGAAAGAUGAGUCAAGAAAGUAGCAAAGAAGAAAGUUCGCCAGAUUCAGUGAUUGCACGUUUGUCAUUUACUGAAGAUGAUGAUAAUUACGAGGAGCAUGACACUUCUGGAGAGUAUAUUACAGUUGCUGAGUCUAAUUCAAGCUUGGAUACUCUAACACUUACAGAACAUGUUGGAGUUAUUUCACAUGAUGGUGAGGAUACAUCAAAUGAGGUGGAAGUGUUGGAAGAUAAAAAGAAAGGGCGCUUUGGUAAUCUUAAAAGCACCUUCCGCAAAGAGAAAGGAUUUUUUAAGACGAAAAAAACAUCACCAAGUUUUGAGACUAAUUCUAUUGGAGACAUUGAAAAUGCAGAACCAGAGACAAGCAAGAGUACAAGUAAGCUCGAAGAAUCCCAAGUCAUUGAAAGCUCAGUGUCAUCACCACAACCCUCAAAUCCGCCAGUGAUCAAAAUGAUGAAGAAGAAAAAGUCUGGUUCCAUAGUAAGAAGACUCAGUUUAAGUAAAUUUCGUCUUGGUUCAAGUGAUUCUGAAACACGUAAAACACCAGAAGGUGGUAAUAGUAGUCGUUCAUCAUCGAUUGAAUCAUCUGGACAUUUAGAUAGUCCAGGAAAGACUAGUAAGAAGGGCCAUCAGCAGCAGCAACAGCUUGAGGAAAAGUCAACGGAGAAAACAAAAGGUAGGGAGAAAAAAAUGAUUCGUGCUACAACGUCGUCAUUGGAGAGGCGGAAUACAGGUUCGUGGGGGCAGGAAAGGGAGAAGGGAGCUGCGAUAACGAGCGAAAAACAGAUAGACGACCCUCGACCACGACAGAAAUCAGACAAACAGUCUUCAGAGAAACCUAUCAGCACAGUGACUGUUCUCCAACGUAGAUCACCAUCUGUCACCAUCAAGACUAACUUUAAAGACAUUCAGGGUGAGAAAUCGUUAAAAGAUGGAACUCUUAGUAAAAGUGUUUCAACACUUCCUUAUACACUAUCAAAAUGGCAAGACUCAAAAAUUAAUAAAAAACCAAAACUUAAUAUCAAAUCUGAAUCGGAAUCUGCAAUUAAGAGUACUCCUUUGGAACCGACUGUUGAAGUACGCAGAAAAUUGUCACUUCUUGAAGAAAAACGUGCUAUCUUUCAAAGAAAGUUCUUUGAAACAUCAACACUACCAAGUCUCAAGGAUUCUUCAUCAUUGGAUACUGUUAUUGUUCCUGAUAGUGAAUCUAAAUACGAAUUAUCUAGUGAUACAUUUGAUACAUGUCUGAAAAAACCUUCUAGACAUAUUAAUGUCAAAACAUUAGAUACUUUUUCGACCACAUUUGGAGCUACUUUUGAUGAAGAAAGUGGAUUUGAUUAUUUAGAUUCAUUUGAGGAAAAAGAUACUCGAGAUUUAGAUCAAGUUAUACCGAUGGCUCUUGGUGAAGCCUCUGAUAUGCCAAGAAGUCUUAGUGGAGACAGUGGGUCGACGCACAAUAGCGCGCCAAACACAGGCGUCAGUGAAAAACGAGAACAUCUAUAUAAAAUUCUAGUAAUAGGAGAACUUGGAGCUGGAAAAACGUCAAUAAUUAAAAGAUAUGUUCAUCAAUUUUUUUCACAACAUUAUCGAGCAACGAUUGGUGUUGAUUUUGCACUAAAAGUCCUUAAUUGGGAUCCCAAUACAAUUAUCCGACUCCAAUUAUGGGAUAUUGCAGGUCAAGAACGAUUUGGAAAUAUGACUAGAGUUUAUUAUAAAGAAGCCGUUGGUGCCUUUAUUGUCUUCGAUGUAACGAGAAGUGCAACAUUAGAUGCAGUAGUCAAGUGGAAACAAGAUUUAGACUCAAAAGUACAACUUCCAGAUGGAUCUCCAAUUCCCUGUGUUCUUCUAGCAAAUAAGUGUGAUCAACAAAAAGAAGGUCUUGUCAAUUCUCCAGGGAAGAUGGAUGAUUAUUGUAAGGAAAAGAAUUUCGCUGGGUGGUUUGAGACUUCUGCUAAAGAGAAUAUUAAUAUUGAAGAGGCUGCAAGAUUUCUCGUUAAUAGAAUUCUACAAAAUGAUCAGAUGAUGAAGGGAAAUGGAGCUCAAGACCAAGUAGAUGGAGAAAGAUUUGCAUUAAAUCAAUCACCAACGAAUUCCAAAAAAUCCUGUUCCUGCUGACAAAGUGCAAUUACUCUGACAUUAAAGUUUUCCGGCCAAGUGGGGGAACAAUUACCACUUACUAGACUGCUUUUAUUGCAGUUUUUUUAUUGUAAAAUUAUUAUUAUUAAUAAUUCGCUAGGAUUAAUAAUUAAGUAAUUAUUAUUCCAAUAGUAAUUAUAAUAAAUUCGUAGAUGAUACUAUAACAUAAUUGAUUUAUUGAUAAAAGAAAUGAUUCAUUAAUUAUUGCUAUUAAUGAUGUGCAAAUUAAAUUUCAUACUUUUCGUACUUGAAAAUAUAAAUAAUGCAUAAUGUAUUUAAAGAAACAGGUGAGAGUAAAGAUAACUCUCGGAGAUUAUAUUCAAAUCUAUUAAAUUGCCUAAAUAUUAUCAUUCUGCAUUGUGCCAAUAAAUGCAGAAUAUUUAGUAAAAAUUUAAAUGAAUAUUAUCACUUUUAGCCUCACAGAAUUGUGCCAUUUUUUAUAUAACAAAUGAAAAUACAUUCCAUUUAUUAACAUCAUUUUUUUUGUUACUUUAGUAGAUUAUUUUA